UCUCUCCCUCUCUCUCUCUCUCGCUCAUAAAAAUAAAACAAAACCUAAGAACUUCAUUCAAUAUAAAUUCUCUCAGAACCCCGCAUCGAUAACCCAAACCUUUAAAUCCCCUCUAAUUGCUGAUUUAAAACCCUAUUACCAAAACCCUGACGUCGGUUCCGUUCUCCAUUUCUCCCACAAACCCUAAUUUUCAACAUACCCAACUCGAUUCUUCAACCCCUCCAAUUUCAAAUCUUGAAAAAUUAAAGAAUUGUAGUUUCAGACAUUUGAUGGGCACGUUUAGGUCCAAAGAAAUUCCCCAUCCCUCAUCUUCACCACCAUCAUCUCCCUCCUCCUCGUCCAUUUCUCGCACCCAGACCGUAAAUGGGUCUCACGAAUUCAAGAUAACCGGCUAUUCUCUAUCGAAGGGUAUAGGCAUUGGCAAGUGCAUGUCUUCGGACACUUUCAUGGUUGGUGGGCACUUGUGGGCUAUCUAUUUCUAUCCAGACGGUAAGAGCGUUGAAGACAACACGACGUAUGUUUCACUGUUCAUAGCUCUCGCGAGCGAGGCCACCAACGUCAGGGCUUUGUUCGAAUUGUCCCUUCUGGAUCAGAGUGGGAAGGGACGCCACAGAGUACAUAGCCAUUUUGCUCGGACGAUCGAGAGCGUUCCGUACGCUCUGAAACACCGUGGUUGCAUGUGGGGUUUUAAACGCUUUAUCAAGAGAACUGCUCUAGAAACAUCAGACUUCCUUAAAGAUGAUUGUCUUUUGAUCAACUGCACUGUCGGUGUUGUUAAGUCACAUACUGAGAGACCUAAGGUGCACAGCAUACCGUUGCCACCUUCUAAUAUUGGUCAGCAUUUGGGGCAGCUCUUAAAAAGUGGAGAGGGAGCUGAUGUAAAUUUUGAAGUGGAUGGAGAAUUUUUUGCUGCCCACAAGUUGGUGCUUGCAGCACGCUCUCCAGUGUUUAAGGCACAACUUUUUGGUCCAAUGAAGGACCGUGAUAGUCAAUGCAUUGAAGUUAAAGAAAUGAAGGGACCAGCUUUUAAGGCACUACUACAUUUUAUAUACUGGGAUGCCCUGCCUGACAUGCAAGAGCUUUCAGGUUUGAUUUCAAAACAGGAUUCUACGCUAAUGGCUCAACAUCUGCUUGCAGCAGCAGACCGAUUUGGACUCGAUAGACUUAGAACUCUCUGCGAGUCUAAAUUAUGUGAGGAUGUUACCAUUAACACUGUAGUGACAACUUUAGCUUUGGCAGAGCAGCUUCAUUGCUUCCAACUGAAAGCUGUGUGUCUCAAAUUCAUGGCGUUGCCAGAAAAUUUGAAAGCUGUGAUGCAAACGGAUGGGUUUGAAUACUUGAAGGAAAGCUGUCCUUCUGUCCUGACUGAAUUGCUGGAACAUGUAGCGAGGAUUGGUGAGCAUUCUGUUAUUUCUUAUGGAGACAGGAGUGAGGCUACCCUGGACGGCAGUGAUGUGAAUGGAAGGCGGGCAAAGCAAAGGAUAUACUGAUGUAGAAACAAACAGAUCCUUUCUCUGGCCAUUAAUAUUUUUGAACUUUACUGGUACUAACAAAUUAUAUAGGAAAAUAUAAGGUCAGAAGUAUUUUUGUUUCCUUAGAGAAGAUAGUUUGAUGGAGUUAAGCUGAGCAGCUUGCUUUAUUAUAUAUACAUGGACUUCAUGGUAUAGCUCAUUUGGGUGUUCUGUACAGUUUCAAGUUUCUUUGAUUAGUAACUUGCUCAUUACUUAAAGCUGGGGCAACUGAGCAGAUAAUAUUUUAUUUAUAUUUUGUUGAA